UCACUAGUAGAUACGCGUGGCCGCCAUGUUUUUUCUGUCAUAUUCAGCAAUUACAGCAUUUUAAUUUUGUUUGCUGUAAAUUUUCGACUCACAUUGAAAUAAGCAAUAGAAAUUAACCGAAUAAAUAUAUAGCGAUUGCAGCAAAACCGAACCCCACAUGUCUUUGUGCAUUGGCCCCUCGAAUAAGUUGCGUAUUUGUAUGGUUUCCAUUUGGUGUGAGAGCAUUCUUAGACAGAUAAAUGAUAACGAGAGAGUGUGGAAUGUGCUGAAUAUUUUGGGUAUAAAGAUCUGUGUGAUUGAUUGCGGCGGAAUUUUAAAAUAAGAACUGAAGUUUAAAGUGCGAAUCUAAUAGGAUAAAUAUCAAACAAUCCAAGCAGCGAUUAUUAAAGGAAGUCGUCGAGUAUCUUCCUUAUGAACAGCUGAAGCUGUUAUCCAGAAUUGCGAUCAAUCGAUGGAGGAAUCGCUGAAAGAGCAGACAGCAAAGGAUCAUUGAUAGAUUGAGAGAUACGUGCGUCUCUCUGUCUCUCUGAAUAUAAAGAAAUAAAUUGCAAUUUGAAAGCUAAUUGAUUGAUCAAGAUGAGUGUGAUUAUUCGGUUACAAAAUCUGCCGUGGACGGCAAAUGCUCGCGACAUACGAAAUUUCUUCACGGGCCUCUCGAUACCGGAGGGCGGUGUCCACAUAAUUGGAGGCGAGAAUGGCGAUGCUUUCAUCGCUUUCAGCACUGAUGAGGAUGCCCGUGUCGCCAUGCUGAAGAAUUGCGAGAAACUCAUGGAGAGCCAGGUGCGCCUGCUGCUCUCAUCGCGCGCCGAAAUGCAAAAAGUCAUCGAGUCGGCACGCACACCAGUCGUUGCCCCGGCACCAGUGCCUGUGCCCGUGCCGGUGCCCAUGCCAGUUGCAGCACCGCAGCCACCGAUCAUUGGUGGCCUAAACAGUUUCCUGAGCCAAAGCCAGAGCAAGCCAGUUGGGGUUCCCUCUUUUCUGGACUAUCAGCAGCAGGCCGGCAUUGUGCUGGCGGAGGUUACAGGCGGCAGGGAUAUUCGCCGCCAGAGCCGCAGUCGUAGUCGCAGUCGAUCCUCCAGCUCUGAGGACAGCGAUCGUGAGCUGCGUGAGCGAGAACGUGAACGCGAACGUGACAGGGAGCUUGAGCACGAACGCGAACGGGAGCGUGAUCGAGCGAUCCGUAAGCGUCGCCAAGAGCGUGCCGAUAGCAGUGAGCGCGAGCUGAAGCUACAAUCCAGCAGCAUGAGUGGUGUUGUAGCUGGUGGUCUGUCGCCCUGGGCCAAUCCGCCGCAGACUGCUGCCGCCGUGAGUCUUCCGGGUCUGGGCAUAGGCAUGGGUCUCGGCCUCGGCCUGGGCUUGGGAGUGCCCCCCGUUCUGCCCUCGCUGCAGAACUAUACGACCAGCAAUACCACGAAUAAUAUCACCAAUAAUUACAAUAUGACCAAUGCCAAUGGUCCGUCAACGCCAGCACCAGCACCGCCACUGGCUCCAGAUGCACACAAAUUGAUAGCCGCUCUGCAGGCAGCCGCUAGAGCAGGGUCCAACAGUCCUGCCCAAAUGGAGGGACAGCAGCAAGUCCAAAGACAGGCGGUGGAGCAGCCCGUUGCGUUUGCCAGUGUCAAUCCGUAUGCGCAGAUCUAUCCGCAGUUGUUUCAGCAGCAGCAGCAAGCGCUCCUCCAGCAGCAGACGGCGGCCAAGCUCUCUCCGUCCCUGGGCGGUUCGCCAGGUGGCGGGGGCAGUCACAGUCCUCGUGGUGGCGGUAUGCCCUCGGCAGUGGCCGACACUUGCUACGUGAAAAUCAGUGGCUUGUGCCAGAGCACCUCCUACAGCGAUCUGCGCAAGUACUUCCAGGGUCUCUAUAUACCGCACAAUGGCAUCAAAAUCAUGACCGUGAACGGCAGUCGCACUGGAGUGGCGUACAUUGAGUUCUCGCGGGUGUCCAGUGCCCAGAAGGCAUUGCAGCGCCACAACACUAUGUUCCGUGAUCGCCUGGUGCAGAUUGUGCCCAUCGGGGAUGCGGAAUUCGAGCAGGCUGAAGAGAAAUCCCAUCGCAAUCAGCAUCACCAGCAGCAGCCGCCACAAGAUAUCGGCGGCGGUCGCAAUGUUGUUAACGAUCGAGGCAGCAGCAUGCCCAGCUUCAAUGUUCUUUAUGUGGAGGAUCUGCCGCAGUUAACCACAGAGCAGGACAUCAUGAAGAUGUUCUCUGCCACGUGCACCAUUGUGGAUAUUCUGCUGGCGCCGAGUCCCAAUAAUCGGCGCGAAUUUGUCGCCUUUGUGCUGUUUGCACGUGAGUCCGAGGCGUUGUCGGCCCUGGAGGACACCUCGCGGCAUUAUAUUGGCUUCCGGCAGCUGCGUGUGCGUCCCAGCAGUCAGGCGGAGAUGUUGCAGGCCAAGGAGAAGCAGCGUCGGGCCAACGAGCAGCUACUGAAGGAAGAGGCCGACCAGCGGGAGGAACUGCUGCAGGAUCAGAAGCGGCGACAGUUGGCGCAAGCGCAGCUGCUGCUGCAACAGCAGCGCGAGGAGUUGGCCAUGCAGGCGAGAUUUAACAACGAUCCGCGGCGACGUGCGGAUGAAAAUCGCGACCAGCAGCAGCAACAGCAACAACAGCAAAUGCCGCAGCAGAAUCACAUGCAACCGUUUGUCAACACUGGCCCAAUGGCUAACGGUAUGCUGCCAUUUGUCGUACAACAGCAGCUACAGCAAUUGCAACAACAGCAACAACAACAACAAAACAAUGGCGGCGGCGGCCCAAAUUUCCCAUUUAACAAUAACAAUAAUAAUAACAAUAACAAUAUGGAAAUGCAAAAUCGCAACAUGAACCACAAUGGCGGAGGAGGAUCCAUGGAUCAAUCGAUAAAUCGCAACCACAACGGUGGCGGUCCAUUUGGCGGCAUGCCCAUGCCCCACAAUCAGAACGAGGGCCUGCGCCCGCCCCGCCAGGAGGAUAAUUUCGUUCGUGUGCACAACUGUGAGUAUGCCACGAGGGUCAACGAUCUGGGGGAGCUCUUCUCGUUGGAGAAUCUGCGCAUCGAACACAUUGAGAUGCUGCUGAACGAUCGCAAUCAGAGCUCGGGUGAGUUUAUUGUCGAAUUUGCGGAUGGGCCCAAUGCCAAGCAGGCCAUCAGGGAGUUCCACAAUCGCAGAUUCCGUGGCCGUGGUCUGCGAGUGGUGCCCAUCACUCCACAGGAGAUUGCCGAUCGCAUGAACAAGCCGUUUAUGGACUACUUGCCCGGGGGCAAUGGCCCGAGGCGUACCGACAAUGGUGGCAACAGCGUGCAGGCGUCGGCACAGCCAACGUCCAGACGCCGUGGCCCCAGUCGCUUCGACAACAACCAACAACAGCAGCAGCAGGCGCCACCAGAGCGGCAGCGGCAGGAGGAUGAGGAUAGCAACAGCUCACAAAAGCAGCACUUUAAUCCGUUUGCCAGGCCAGAUCCACCGCCAAUCGCAAGUGGCAGCUUGUCGCCAGCGCUGAAUGUGUCCAACAGCAGCAGCAGCAGCUCUUCGAUACCCGACAAAUUCAAUCGUCCCGGCUGUGUGGUGGCCAUGACCAAUGUUCCCUUCAAGGCUGAGCUGAAGGACAUUCUACGCUUCUUCAGUGACUACAAACUAAGUCCCGAUGAUAUUAUCCGACGCUUCAAUGACGACGGCAAGCCCACCGGCGAUACCAGGGUGGCCUUCGAGUCACCAGCAGAGGCGCGCUCGGCGUACGAGACGCGGCGUCGGAAGCAAAUCUUUACUCGCUCCAUUCAUCUGGAGAUUAUAUAAGACGUUCGACUGUUUGACCAUCUAGCGUAAUGUAAAUACAAUUAUAAUUAGGAACUAAACAUAUAGUUAGGACACAACAAUCCUCCUCAUAUAAGAUGUAUGUACAUAGAAACUGUUUUAAAUAAAAAACGAAAUACACAUUAA